GAAACAAUGAACAAAUUUCAUUGAAUUAGUGUGUUCACAUUGUUUACUUUUAAACCUACUAGACUCCCGUAACAUUUAGAAACAGAUGCUCAAACUAGUCGUUUGUAGGUCGUGUUCUGGUUAACAAACUAAAUUCAAAAGAGCUUAAAAUGGAGAAAAUAUUGAAAAACUUUUGGAAUGAAAAAUUUUGGUUGCCCGGAAAUGUAACAUGGAAAGAUCUUGAACCAGGCAUUAGAGACGGGAUUAUAUACAGAAACUACAAUGAUUUGUUGUGGUCAAUACCAUUGACAAUAAUUAUAAUUGCAUUGCGAUUCUGUUGCAUUAAGUAUUGCUUUAAACCAUUAGGUCAGAUUUUGGAAGUAAAAUCAAAGAAAGUGAAAAUACCAUUUGAGAAUGCUGUGCUUGAGAAGAUGUAUAAAAAAUGUAAAAAGCUCCCAACAAACUUGGAACUGGUAAGCUUGACAAAGCAAACUGAUAUAACAAUAAGAGAAAUUGAGAGAUGGUGGAGGAAGAGAAGAGCGCAUGAUCGACCAACUUUAAUGGACAAAUUCGGAGAGAACUCCUGGCAUUUCUCAUUUUACACUCUUAACUUCAUAUUCGGCCUGUCAAUUUUGUGGAAUUCAUCGUGGUUGUGGAACUUUAUUGAUAUAUUUCGUGACUUUCCACGACAUUCACUUGACAAUGGUCUUUGGUGGUAUUACAACAUAACUCUAGCUUUUUAUACAUCACAAUCAGUCUUUCAUUUCUUCGAAACCCGUCGCAAAGACUUUUGGCAAAUGUUCAUUCAUCACAUCCUGACGAUUACAUUGCUAAUAGUAAGUUGGACAGUCAAUGCCGUUCGCAGUGGAUCAUUGAUAGUUUUUGUUCAUGAUAUCGCCGAUGUCUUGUUGGAAGGCGGAAAAUCAUUGAACUGUACGAAGUACAACAAAUUUGCAUCAAUUUUGUUUGCUGCGUUCAUUCCUGUAUGGAUCAUAACACGAUUGGGAAUUUUUUCGAGAAUCGUUUACAGUGGAAUUUUUGAGUUUCCAACAGUUUUUCCGAUUUAUCCACUUUAUUAUGUUUUAGCUAUAAUGAAUGUGUUCCUUCUUACCAUGCAUAUUGUAUGGACUUAUAUGAUCUUUCAAAUAGCAAUCAAACUGAUUAGACAUAAUAAGUUCGAAGACGUACGGUCGAGCACAGAGGAUGAAAGUGACAGUGAUCCAGCAAUUGAGCAGGUGCUUUAAAACGAUAAGCUGAUUGUAAAUUAAGAAUAAAAAUAAAUAAUU